AUGGAGAAGUUCUCGCAAUUCCGCGACAAAGGCUCUGGCAUUGCACCAUUUCUUCCAAUUCCUCACGAACCCGCCGGCAUUGCCCUACCUUUCCAUGCCUUUCUCUUUGUCUUCCGAGUCCCAUUACUUCUGAUGUUUGCAAUAUCAUAUUUUUUGGUUCUACAAUGGAUGCCUAUAGGCGUAUUGGGGAGGAAGGCGUCGUUAUGGUGUAUACUAGGAAUCCCUGGGAUAUGGUGGAUUGACUUGCAAAUUGAUGGAGUGAAGAAAGGGUCACUGGCGAAGAACAGCACUCGGAUACCUCAGGCUGGGUCAGUAAUAGCAUCUUCGCAUGCUUCGCCCAUCGAUGCUUUAUAUCUGGCUGCUAUCUUCGACCCAAUUUAUGCAGCGACAUAUCCGAAUACCAGACUCGUCGAACCGAUCUCCCUUUUCACCGCUAUAUGUCGGUCAUUUACACAUCCGAAAUCGAAUCCUCCUGAUGGUGCCAAAUUGGUUGAUAUAGGGGCCCUAGUCGCACGAAACCCCGAUCGCAUACUAGUGGUGUUCCCCGAGUGUACCACUUCCAAUGGGAGAGGCAUCCUACCUAUGAGCCCCAGUCUCUUGAACACACCACCAAGAACCAAAGUCUUUCCUGUCAGUCUGAGAUUUACACCUGCAGAUGUCACAACACCAAUUCCACAUGCCUACCUCACCUUUAUGUGGAAUUUGUGCAGUAGACCGAGCCAUUGCAUAAGGAUUCGUAUAGCCGAGUCCGUGUAUAACACGUCAAAGCGAAGUCCGGAACCAGCGGUCGCCAAAGUAUCGUCGUACACAACAAAUUAUCUCGACACGUUGGCAUCUGACGGUACAGGAAGUGACGCGGACACGCUUGUGGGUGGUGAAGAUUCCGAAGGUCCCACGACCAAAGAAGAACGAGCAUUUCUAGACAAGAUUGCCGAGGCGUUGGCUAGACUGGGCCGAGUCAAAAGAGUCGGAUUAGGGGUUAAGGACAAGACGGAGUUUGUGGCCAUGUGGACGAAAUCUCGGAGACGAUGA